AUGGUCAAUAUUGCAAGAAAAUACGUAUUACUGCUACUAUAUCUCCUCGCUAUACCAGUAAUCGCUAGAGCAAUACCACUCAAACCGUCAAAACCCCCAUUGCACAAUCACAACCGAAACAACUCUGCUCGAUUGCUACCUAGGACAAAUGCUCUGCUUCGUGACGUGACGUACUACAACAAGCCUUCUGAAGACGGCACCGUAUCAUACCAACUACUCGCAACUCGAUACAAGAGAUGGCAAAACCUAGCUAGAUCUGAUCCACAGGGCUUCAUCCAAAUGGUAUCGAAGUACUCAUCGGUUCAACUAACUCCUGAAAGUAUUGCAUAUAUCAACAAUCUUCAGUCCAUGUCUGAACUGACACUACAAGACGGUCUACAACAAUCUGCUUUGGCUAUGGUUCUUGACGAAGGACCCAAAGGGUUAUUCGACCACCUGAACUCUCAAGGUCAAGAUCCACAAGCCAGAAUAGCCUCUUAUGGCAGCUAUUCGUGGUAUGGCGAGAAUCUCAUAGCAGGACACUAUAAUGCUCUUGAUGGAAUUGUGGUUUUGAUCAACGAUGUUGGAGUAAAUGAUAGAGGUCAUCGUAUCAACAUAUAUAGUCCCAAGUUUGAUUCAGUUGGAAUUGCAUGUGGUCCGCAUACAACGUAUGGGAUCAUGUGUGCCUUUGAGUUUGCUGCUGACUUUGUACCUAAGUAA